AUGUCACUCCCUCGGCUAUUCCGCACGCCCUGCGCGCGUGCGCUCACCUCAUCCACAUUCAAGUCGGACUCGAUACGGCUACAGCCCUCUUAUAGACUGUUUUCGACAUUUUCUUCACGUCAAAAGUCGUCUUUGGCUGUAGACGAUGACAUCCACUCCAAGCUUCCGGGCAUCGACCCGUCAAAGUUGGAGGUCACCAAGACCACCACCCCGAAAGAGCUGGUGCCGAAUAAAGACCUUGUAUUUGGGAGAACCUUUACCGAUCAUAUGCUGUCCAUCGAAUGGACGGCGUCGCAGGGCUGGCUGCCUCCUCGGAUAACCCCCUACCAAAACCUCUCGCUCGAUCCCGCGACCUGCGUCUUCCAUUAUGCAUUCGAAUGCUUCGAGGGCAUGAAAGCGUACAAAUGUCUGAAAGAUAACUCACUGCGACUAUUCCGGCCGGACAAGAACAUGGAGCGCAUGAACAAGUCGGCCGCCCGCAUCGCGCUCCCCACGUUUGAAGGCGACAAGCUUGUAGACUUGAUCGGCACGCUGUGCAAGUUGGACGAGCGCUUCAUCUCCGCCGAGAAGGGAUACUCACUAUACAUCCGACCGACGCUGAUUGGGACGCAGCGAACGCUCGGUGUCGGACCACCGGGUUCGGCGCUGCUCUACGUCAUUGCGUCCCCCGUCGGGCCAUAUUACCCAACCGGUUUCAAAGCCAUCUCGCUAGAGGCCACCGACUAUGCUGUGCGCUCUUGGCCGGGCGGCGUGGGCGACAAGAAACUGGGCGCCAACUACGCGCCCUGCAUCGUGCCACAGCUGAAAGCGGCCAAAAAGGGGCUGCACCAGAACCUGUGGCUCUUCGGCCCCGAAGAGUACAUCACCGAGGUCGGCACGAUGAACCUGUUCGUGUGCAUCCGCAACAAGGAGACGGGACAAAAGGAGCUCCUGACGGCGCCGCUCGAUGGGACCAUCCUCGAAGGCGUGACGCGCGACUCGGUGCUCGCCCUGGCCCGCGAGCGCCUCGAGCCUGAAGGGUGGAACGUCGCCGAGCGGUACGUCAAGAUGCAGGACCUGGCCGACGCGGACAGCGAGGGCCGGCUGCUCGAGGUGUUUGGCGCCGGCACCGCCGCCAUCGUCGCCCCCGUGCGCAGCAUCUCGUGGAAGGACCGCGUCCUGCACUGCGGCCUGAAACCCAACGAAGAGGCCGGCGAGGUCGCCAGCAAGAUGAAGGGCUGGAUCGAGGCCAUCCAGUACGGCGACGAGGACCAUCCGUGGAGUUAUAAAAUUCCUGCCUAA